ACUUUCACGAAUUUCACCUUGUCGACAGUUCCUCCGGUCGAUGUUCAGGCUUCUGUUCUCCAGUAAGGUUGAAUUCAACCUUACCCCUCACCUUCCAAGCCAUGUUGUCCUCCCUGCAUGCUGUAGCUGAAUCAGCAAGCAUGGUUCAACCUUGCCGCCUAGCGCUUAGGAUUUUCUUCAUCUCCCUUCUUAACCUCAUCGUUUCCUUCAUCUGAGCAGAUGUUUGGGUCUUCUUCUAGUUUUGGGACAUUCGUCAUGUCUUUCGGUUUCUCGGUCGGCGACUUCCUAGUUACUAGGAGGCUGAUAAAGGACAUCGUUGCGAUACUGCGGGCAUCAACCCGGUUGGAUUACCAGGAGCUUGUUCUCGAGCUUGAUAGCCUUGAGCGCGCAUUAUACCGUAUUGAACAUCUUAAAGUACCUCCGGACGCCAUCGCUGCCUUGAUGUGUACUGAUCGAUUUAUGAUGGCCAGCGAAGCUCGCAACUUGCGAGCGUAUCUUGCAGCUCUUGUUGUAUCUCGCCCUCUCUCACUGACAUCUUACAUACAUACGGAGCAAACUGGACAUAUUGAGGCAGAGGUGCUCGAAACAACUAGAAGAAUCAAAACGAAGGUUAUCCAAAUUCAUGACAAUUUCGAAGCUGCUCAGAGGGUCUCAGAACCUGUUCAGAUAACUAUUGCCAGGCUGCUCAGCUUCCUGAAUGGAGAUGUGAUCGCUCAAUUGAAAUCCCUUGCUAACAAGUCACCAAAGUAUGGCAGUCUAAUACUCAGAUCAUUACGCUUCUUGCCAGGAUGUAGGCAUUGCUGGCACUCACCCUACAAUACGCAUGGUUUCAAGCUCCUCAGAAUCAUCCCAAUAUCUUUAAAAUUUGACUGGUUGGCAAGGCUCAGCCCGCGUCUACCAUUGGACAGUAAUCAUGGCACACUUCGAGAGCAUACCAGGUCAAGCAAAAGCUGUUGUAGCGAGUACGAACUCUUCAAUGCGCUCGAUCGCCGUCGGGUGAUAUCUAGAACGAGUUUUAAAGAGCUGAAACCAGGGAUGAGCUUAGCGAUAGUGUUCGCAAUUAGGCAGUAUUUUGACAUGCUACGGCAACCCCUGGAGAGGAACUGCUCUAAUGGAAGUAUCCACUAA